AUGGACGUUAAAGGAAGAGUGGCGAAUUUAGCGCAAAAUGUAUUCCCCGGUCUUCCUGUCGAAGUUGAUCCAAUAGAAAGGAGAGUCCUCUCUAAUCUACCUUUGCAGAUGGCUUUGUAUUUUAAUGUCGUGUUUAUACCCGUUUGGAUUGUUAUGAUUCUGCUAUUUUUGGAUAAAAAUUAUUCUUCUUACGAUGAACUCUACAAAUACAUUACUGUUACGGUAAUUUGUACGAUUUUCUUCUUGGAACUGUUAAGACUGUAUUUAGGUUACGAAGGCAACCUCAAAGAUAAGAUACCAGAAUUGGCCAGCUUUUGGAUGCUUUCCAUUCUACUCCAAUUUCCACUGCAGGGAUUCCUGCUGUUCAAUCCUUACUUCGAUAUGUACAUAUUAGAAAUAACCGUACAGAGCGUUAUGUUUUCCAUGCUCUGCAUCCAGCUAAUAUCCGGAUAUGUAUCGUUGAAAUUCAUCGCUACCAAACAAACUGAAAUGUACAGGUUAAAAAAAUCGAGGGAAAAUAACACCGAAAACGACUGA